AUGACUUUGGUACCUGAUGAAAACUACAAGAUAUCUCAAUCAAUGAUUGACUACACAGUGGCGCUGGUUGAGAAUCUGCGGGAUUCACCCUGUGGAUGGACGAUGAAACACAUCAUGAAGACAUUCUUGACUGCCGAAGACGACGCGGGAAUUUUGAAAAGAGCUCGCUCAUACUGGGGAAUACCACGUGGAUGGCCCUCAACUUUGACUGUAUUGAAUGCUAUAAAACGGCUUGCUUGCAAAAAGCGCGAAGGAAAGCUACUUUGGAAAGCAUAUAUACUUGCAGAGGCAAAGAAGAUAGUAGAUGCAGAGGCAUCUCGUCAUUGGCGACAAAGGUGGUACCCAGCAAAUGAGCCUGUGCGGUCUCUGAAGCCCUCUUUCUUCAACAUGGACAAGUCUGCGGAGCGUGCCUCCAAGAUUCAAAUUGGAAUGGGCUUCUUGUGGAAACUUAUUCGCCAUCGCUUGUCCGCUGGAAGACCCGCAACACAACUAGAGGCCUCCAAUGUGGCGGACACCGAAGACCUGCAAGAUAUUCAUAACUCUGAUAGUGACAGUUUGAACGAUGGCGACAUUAUCAUACAAGAUGAAUCAAACACAGGGGCACCAGAACCUCUCGACCCUUCCGGAACUGUUUUACCUGAACCAGAACAGCAUGAAGAUCAUGAUUCAGAAGCGUCAACAGAGUCAGAUUCAAGCUCAACAAAAGAACUUGAAACUGAGCGUAUCAACCGUGGUGGAGCCGAGGACGAUGUUGUUGUGGCAGCUCAUUUAGAUCAACAAGAGUUAGAUGAGGAGGUGAUGGCCUGCGACUUUGAAGACAAAAGUUAUGGAAGGAGCAGCUCAAAGUUAGAGAGACUUAAAUCUCGUUUUGAUACUCAAUCGUGCAAUCAAUGGUUUCCAGCUUGA